CAGACAGACAGACAGACCAGACAGACAGACAGAAUUACUUUCGCAUUUAUAAUAUUAGUGGGGAUCUUAAUGUAUCUAUGAAUGAAUAUUCAAGUACCUUUUCAGUUAUUUUAAGAUAAGUGUUUGUUUACAUGGAGUGAGAUAAUAUGAUAGUUUUGAUUGAUAAGCAACAAUACUUUCCAUUGUAUGUAUGUAUGUUCGCCCUUUAUUUCUCUAAGGGCUAUAUUUCACCGGGACACCAUGGCGGCGCAACCAGUUGCGCCACCGUGGUGUCCGUAAGCUACCAAACUGGACACCAUACAGACACCAGAGUCGCCACACCACACUGAGACAGUAUCAAAAUGGACGUUGAAGAGACAGCACUACUGCUGUAUGUACGUAGGAGAAGAGAGUUCAAGAGAAAAAAGAAACAGUGGUGGGUUCAUCCUUAUUUAGCCGAUCGCUGUAAGAAAGGACAAUUCGUCAACAUAUACGCCGAUCUAAGAAGAUAUCCGGAUAAGUUUUUUAAUUAUGUGAGAAUGUCCGUGAGGUCCUUUGAUGAGUUACUGACUUUGUGUGAAAAUGAUUUGUUAAAGCAAGACACAAUAUUAAGAAAAUCAAUCAGUCCUGAAGAAAAGUUGUUUGUAACAUUAAGGUACCUCGCAAGUGGAUGUACGAUGAGAGAAUUGCAUUAUAGCUUUCGUCUAGGACAAACAACAUUAAGCACAAUAAUAAAAGAAGUGUGUGCUGUGAUUUGGGAUAAGUUGCAAACAUGUUUAUCACUUCCGGCUACUGCAAAUGACUGGAUGAAAAUAGCAGAUGGUUUCGAAAAACAUGCCAACUUUCCACACUGCAUCGGUAGUAUCGAUGGAAAGCACAUAAGACUGAUUCAACCUGCUGAUUCUGGUUCGAUGUAUUAUAACUAUAAACACUUUUUUUCAUUGGUGCUGAUGGCUGCAUGUGACGCUAAUUAUAAUUUCAUUUAUAUAGACGUCGGUGCCUAUGGGAAAAGUAGCGAUUCAGCAAUUUUCCAAGAAACUGAAUUGUAUAAGAAACUCAUAAGUAAUACUUUAAAUAUUCCAGAGCCCCUACAAAUUUCAGAAAAUAACCCAACGCUUUUCCCUUACGUAUUUAUAGGCGAUGAAGCAUUCGGGUUGAGCACAAAUAUUAUGCGUCCAUACGGAGGAAACAACCUCAGUGCCGAAAAGAAAAUUUUUAACUACAGACUAUCGAGAGCUCGCCGUUACAUCGAGUGCACAUUUGGCAUCUUAACAAAUAAAUGGAGAAUUUUCCACAGACCAUUAAAUGUCCACACAGAAUUAGCAAAAUCCAUUGUGAGAACAUGUUGUGUGUUACACAAUUUUGUACGUUCUAGAGAUGGAUAUUCAUAUGAUGAUACUCUGACAAUAAUGGGCUUUCAAACAACAACACAGCAAAAUUUCAAUAGAGGAGGGCGUGCUGCUACUACCACUCGAGAUAAUUUUACACAUUAUUUUGUAAACGAAAACCCACUUUCAUGGCAAAAUAAUUAUAUUCAUUAAUAAAUACAUACACAACUUACAACGAGCUUUUGGCUUUCCAUGUUACACCAGAAGCAUCAUGAACAUUUAUUGAUUGACAAAUUCAUUCAGAAAAAUAAAUGUUGUUUACUUACCAAA